AUGUUUCCCAUCGUGGUGUUGACGAUCAACUGGAUCCGCAGGAAUCGAAGGGCUCUCAUUGUACUGGCCACCAGUGUGCUAGUCAUGCUUCACCUAGCUAUGGGGAGAAUGAGACAAUAUGAAACGGAUUCCAACCCGGCAAUCUACGCAAAUGUUGAUUCUAACCAUGUCAAGACCCAGAACGCGUUCAUGAGCCCAGGUCUGGCCGCUGGUUGGAGCCUUGACCGAGAACCAGUUCCAUCAAAAUCUAUCGAGAUUCCUACUCGCCCUGUACUGGAGUCUAUGGGCUCUGUAUACACGGGGCCAACUCGAUUCGACCCCGCUCAGCCAAUAUCUGGAGAUGCGAAGACGACCCCGUUGAACUUCACCCCGCCAUUUCGCACAAAGGGACGCCAUAUCAUCGAUGCGACUGGAACUCCCAUCAGACUUGCCAGUAUCAACUGGUAUGGAGCAAGCGAUAUCGACUUUGUUCCGGGUGGGUUGGACGUUCGACACAGAGAUGAAAUCGCGCAAUUGAUCCGCCGAUUAGGGUUCAACAGUGUGCGGCUUCCCUACGCCGACGAAAUGGUGAGAGCAAAUCCGGUGGUGAACGACAGGGUGAUAUCGAAGAACCUAGAUCUGUAUGAUGGUCAACGAGUAGUUCCAGUCCGAGCCUUGGAUGUAUUCCACGCCGUGGUGGACAGUCUCACUGCGGCUGGUCUCUUGGUUAUCGUCAACAACCACAUCACACAAGCAACAUGGUGCUGUGGUGCGAACCUUUGCGACGCCGGGUGGUCCAACGACUGGCUCUUUGGUAAACUCCUCUGUCGUAUCUCGCAGAGUGAAGACGAGUGGAUUGAGAAUUGGGAGACGGUAAUGCGGCCGUUGGUAUCGAAUCCGUUGGUCUUGGGGGCAGACCUUCGCAACGAGGUGCGUGGGCUUUGGGGAACAAUGCACUGGGAAGACUGGGUCAAGGCAGCUGAGCGAGCUAGUGAACGGCUCUUAGCAUGGAACCCUGAGUGGCUGAUGAUCGUCGAGGGAAUCUCCUCGGCGAAUGACCUGACCGGGGUACGGAGAAGACCCGUGCAGCUCAGCGUACCGGACCGGGUGGUCUACUCCGCACAUGUGUAUCAAUGGUCAGGCUGGGGCCAGUUAUAUCCUUAUUCGCGCAGGACAUAUGAGGAAUUUGCGGCGGCGAUGCGAGAGAACUGGGGGUACUUGAUCGAGGAGGAUGUAGCGCCAGUGUGGGUGGGGGAGGUGGGCACACCCGACGAACCCACGGACGGUGAUGUGAACUAUUGGAGACAUUUAGUAGAAUAUUUGGAAGAGGUAGGAGCGAGUUGGGGGUAUUGGGCAUUGAAUGCGCGCAAGGCCACGGGGGAGAAGGAGAGUUAUGGUUUGGUGGAUGAGCAAUGGGACUGGCCCUCGGUUCGCUGGGUCCAUCCCGCGUGGGCGUUGGUUAGGAGCAGAUACGGAGUAUCCUAG